CGCUUCCUUCUCCGCUCUCGAUCUUAUUCUCUCUGCUUUCAUCUUUAUUGUUAGGGAUUUCUAGGUCCUUCGUUGCAUCAGCAAUUUGGGGAUUUUUGGUUGUGAUUUUUUAUAUCGUUAAUGUUUGCCAUGUUUUGUUCAAGAUUAUACAUUCUUUGCUUUGGGUUUCCUUUAAUUUACGAUCUCAAGCUCUGUAUCAAGUAUGGAUUUCGUAGUAGGAAAUUUCUUGGCUUGUUCGUUUCGUAUUCCAUUAUCUCUUAUUUUGGGCUUCUUGGGGUUUGUGUGUUUCUUCUAUCUGGGGAUAUCUCGAUCGCGUUAUACAAUGAUUGGAUGGUCUACGACACGGUGAUCUUUGUUAACUGUUGGAUCGGUUGGGUGCUGAGGACCAAGCUGGGUUUUUAACUUGGGGGUUCUUUGACUCUGAGUAAAUAGUAAUAGGUUAAUUUGAGAGAUUUUUAGAUUGGGUAUGGAUUGCGAUUGUUGCCUUGGUCCUUUUCUUUUUCUGAUCUUUUCCCUUUCAUAUUUCUCUUGUUAUAUUAGAAUAAGAACUUCUUUAGUCGGAGAAGAACCUUUUUACAUUCAUGAAUAUCAAGGCCAUUCUUCAUCUCACCUUGAUAUCCAUACAUUCUUCUUAGUCCGAAGAGAAGGAAAUUCAAUUGGUGAAGUCAUCAAAGGAAUGGAACCUAUAAGUUUGUAAUGCUAUUGAUUCUACUCAAUGAAUGUAAAAACAUACAUGCGAAGUAAGAAAAGGUGACAUGACAUUGACAUGGCUAUCUUCUUUAUGAUUCGAUAAUGCAUGUAUUUGGAUGAAUGUUGCGAUCCCUCUUUAUUUUCAACAAGCAACCAAUAAAAUUGCAUCAAUAGUUGACGAAUACAAAAGUACUUUUUAAGUAUGCAUGCUACCUAACUAAACACUGUUAAAAAAAAUUCAAUUAGUUGCACAACUAUGGGUGGCGGUGGAAAGAUAGUAGACAAUGAUCAUUGAUAUAUAUUUUUUAAAUUUAUUGUCUAAAUAGAAUAUCAAAUGAAUAAAUGCUUCUGACAUUGAAACAAAUUUUGCAAUUUAUGUAAUUUGUUUGCUGAAAUUGUUGAUGUGAGUAAUGCAGUUCACAUUGUCAUGGUCACUCACAAUGCAGUAAUUAUAAACUACUGUGAAAAAAAAACUAGGUCAAAUAUAUCCUAAACUCAAUUAGUUACUAACUGCUGCAUAUUGUAUUUAAUCUUAUAAUGAGAUACAUUCAAUAACAUACUUUAUGGGUGUGAUGUCAUUGAUAUAUUCUUAAUUUUUGACCAUUAAUAACCAUAAUAGUAUAAUUUAUUUUUGAGCAAAAUAUACCAUGUCAAUAACACAUUAAUCUUUUAUAUAUUUAGAUAAAUUGACUCAUGUUUUUUUAGCAAUUCUUAUUUUGUCAUUUGUUCUAACUUUAUCAUAAAUGAAGCUCACGGUUUUUUAGACGAAAUGAUACAAAAGAUAGGGUAGAACAAGGACAGUAAUUGUACCGAAUUCAAGGUGCAUGACAGAUUUAUAUGAACAACAACAGUUGUUCUAUAACAAAGCUAGUUGUUGCUACCUCCUUUGUUCCUCCUUCCAUUGUCCAAGCCCGAAGAAGGAAGAGACAAGAUGGCCCAUGUCUGUGUAUAUAAUAUAAUAUCAGCUAGGAUAUCAUUCGUGUAAGAGUGACUCUUCCUCCGUUCCCCACCUUAUAAACAUAGGGAUUAGAGAUGCUUCUAAUUCUUAUUUUUUCCAUCCUUGUUAGAAAUGUUAAGGCUAUUGUGAGGUCUUACAUUUUUACCAUAUUUUGUCCUUCUGAUUUCAUGUUAUUGCCUAGAGUUGUAUCCACCCAUGCAUUGCUUCCCACAGCAAAAGGCUGAAAUUGAUGCACUAGCAAGCUGUCGGUGAUAUUCCCUUUAAUCUUUGAAGCUUGAACAAUUCCCAAGCAAGUGCAUACAGAAGCUUGAUUGACAGACUGUUUUCACAAUCAAAAUCUUGAUUGGCAGAAGCAUUUAGUGUCUUCCAAUGGCAACCAAUGAGAAUCUCCCUCCAAAUGUGAUUAGGCAGUUAGCCAAGGAAUUGAAGAAUUUGGAUGAAACACCUCCUGAAGGAAUUAAAGUGGUUGUUAAUGAUGAAGACUUUUCUACUAUCUAUGCUGAUAUCGAGGGUCCUGCUGGCACUCCAUAUGAGAAUGGUGUAUUUCGCAUGAAGCUUUUAUUGUCUCAUGACUUCCCACAUUCUCCUCCCAAAGGUUACUUCCUGACCAAAAUUUUUCAUCCAAACAUUUCGGCAAAUGGUGAAAUAUGUGUCAACACACUUAAAAAGGACUGGAAUCCGAGUCUUGGAUUAAGACAUGUAUUGAUUGUUGUCAGAUGUCUGCUCAUAGAACCAUUCCCUGAAUCUGCGCUGAAUGAACAGGCCGGUAAAAUGUUGCUGGAAAACUAUGAUGAGUAUGCUAGGCAUGCCAGGUUAUACACUGGAAUACAUGCCCUUAAACCUAAGCCAAAAGUUAAAACUGUGGCAAUCUUUGAGUCCACCACAGCCUUAAAUGUGGAUCAUAGAAACAAAGAAUCUACUGGCAAAGAGCCCCAGCCUCCUACACCGUUGAGUACAUCUUCAAAAAUCCCAUCACAAGACCAGAAUGCAAGCGUCAUCCCUGUAACUGAGCCAGUCAUCGGAGCAUCAGCACUUCCAAAGAAGGAAGGAGUACUUGCAGUGAAAGCCACUCAGGUAGAUAAGAAGAAGAUUGACGCGAGGAAGAAGAGCUUGAAAAGACUAUAGGUUUAUUAAAUUAGGCGUUCCUUGUACUGAGUAGUAAUAGCAUGAAUUGCUGUGGAGAGGACAAGUUGACAACAAUGUACAUCUUAAUUCUAUUCUUUGUAGCUUGUUCAUCACUUUAUGCAUGUUGGUAACUCUAGAUUUGAUCGGCUAAAAA